AUGAGGCUCUUCUCGCGCGACAACUCGCAGUCAUUGACGUCGUUGGCGUCGUCGCUCUCUCUGGUUGUGGCCAACUACAAGCCCGUGCCGCAAUUGCCCUCUGCCUCAUCGUCCAACUCGUCGAGCAAAGGCAUUUCAACAAAGGCCGGCGACCUCAACGUCCAUGGCUUCCAAACGCAGAGCACCGGUUACAAGAACCCUCAUGCCGACGUGUCCAAGUGGGGUGAGGUAUCGGUUCUCUACGUACCCGAGACCAAUGACACCUCGUCAUCAAGCCGCACUGGCACACACAAGCUCGCCUCAUCCGCUACGGUUGGUCCCGGCAAGUGUCCCCUCAAUACGGACACGUACACGCCCAAGGGCGAGCUUGGCGACCCAGUGUUCGACGACUUUGACUCGGUCAAGGCCACCGUCAUGCGUUACCGUCAGCAGAUCAGUGUCAACCUCGGCGCCUGGUUCGUGCAGGAGGGAUGGAUGCAGGGCAACUUCAUGAGCUGCGCAACUCAAUCGUCCGAGUACGGCCUGGUGAGCGGCUUUGGAACGUCAGCAAACGGCCUCAAGAGCGCACAGUACUACCUCGAGGAGCACUGGGACACUUGGAUCACAGAAGACGACUUCAAGUACCUGCAGAGCAAGGGAGUCAACACGGUCCGCAUCCCCAUCGGCUACUGGACCGUAGGCCCUUACUUCACGCACAACUCUCCCUUCUCAGACUACGCCGACGUCUACUCCAACUCGUGGAAGUACGUUGCCCGCGCGAUCCGCUGGGCAGCCAAAUACGACAUUGGCGUCCUCAUCGACCUGCAUGGCGCGUACGGCUCGCAGAAUGGCAAUGAUCACUCGGGCAUCACCGGCCAGGGCGUGCAGUUCUACACUGACACCAACAUGGACUUGACCAAGGGUCUUCUCACCUGGCUGUCGUGGGAGAUCGCCGACGUCACCAACGUCAUUGGUAUCCAGCUGCUCAAUGAGCCGCAGGACAACACCAAGCUCUGGCCUUGGUACAACGAGACAAUGGACGCCAUGCGCCAGUCAUCGUCGUACGCCAAGUCGCUCCCUCUCUACUUCCACGAUGCGUUCAACAUGGCCAAGGGCGCGAAGUUUGUCUCGCAGCGCGACGACUUCGUCGUCCAGGACUACCACUCGUACUUUGUCUACACCUCGUCAGACACAUCGCUGAGCGCACAGGGUCACACGUCGCAGAUCCAGGGCAGCCUGCAAACCAAAUUCACCAAGCAGUCGGGCAUCGGCCGCCGCAACAUGAUCGUUGGCGAGUGGUCGUGCGCCCUCGCACCUUCCUCGCUCAGCGGCUCAUCGAACAAGGACGCAGACACGGCCACGUACUGUGCGGCGCAGAUGAACAUGUACGCUAACACGACGAGUGGAUACCACUACUGGUCGUACAAGAUGGAAAACUGCGACAGCAACGCAGGAUGGUGCUUCAAAGCUGCCCUGGGCAAGUACUUGCCCUCGUACCUCAACACGUGGGGGUUCAACGGCUUCGUCACGAACAGGAAGAUCCUCCUCAACCUUGCAGCAAGCAAGACUGUCUCCGCCAGCAUCGUAGCAGCCAUCUCUAAGCUCUCGGCCACGUCUUCUACCAGCAGCUCGUCAUUCGCUCGUGUGGCGGCUGUCAGCGCUGACAAGGAGAGCAACGACUACUCCAAGGGCACGAACCCCAUCGUUGGAAUGGUCCAGUCCACCACAUCAUCCGCUGCCAAGAGCGAGCGUCGUGGUGUUGGCUCUCCCGCCUCCCGCGCAGGUCACCUCGCUCGCCGCGCUACUGAUGCCGUGACCGCCGCACAGCAGGCAGGAUUCAGCGACGGCUACCUGACCUCGACCUACCUCGCCUCGUCCCUCUCCACCACUUCGCCCAUGUCCCGCCUGGGCUUUGGAGAGCAGUACAUCAUCGACUCGUGGGCUAAGCGUGUCAGCUGGGACACUGCGGGCAAGACGUACUUGCAAGAUAACUACGGACAUUACAGGACGCACUUCAUGACUGCGACUGCGCAGGCUGAGGCGGCCAUUGUCGGACUCGUCAACGCUGCGGCGAUCCCUUCGUCGUAGGCUCUGCGAUUUCGCUUUGGCUACCGUAGCCCGUCCGACAGCAUCAUAUCGUCAAUCUCGCAUCCUCUGAUACCCACCCGUCCUGCAUCUCGUAGAGCUUCGCCUCGCAUUCCUUUGGCCUCCCCCUCCUCAUCACCUCCUCUCCCCUUUCGUCGUAAAUAGUGACAGAGUCGAGUUGCAGCUGCAUCUUCCUCUCCUUUCCCCUCUCGCAACCCACUCUCCUUUCUUCUCGUCACAUGCACGUACCCAAUGCUAUGUCCUUUCUUCUCAUC